UAACCAGCUCAAUUACUGAAGUAAUAGGUAUGGCCAGUCCAAAUACAACAACCAUGGGCGACUUGGCCCAAAUUGUACCUGACAAUAAUGAGGAGAAAGAAGCGUUUCUGUUAAUUUUGCAAUCAAUUCAGAAAAACUAUCCCUCAAAUUGGGAGUCAUGGCAAGUAACAAACCAUUCUAUUGAGAGUUUUGCUGGAUCGUCGAAAGGUUAUGGCAAAUUCAGGUUCGGCAUUCCAACCUCUGAAUUGUUUCGUGCAUUUUAUCCAGAUGACGUAGACCUUUCUGAAAAGUCUUAUAGGCAAAUUUCGUCGAUAAUUUUAUCAUGGCCUUUAGGAAUGGCAUUAUUAUAUUCUCCUCAUGCUAUCAUGGCACAAAUACACGCAUCUUCAUAUACUCCAUUUAUGAACACAAUUUCUUAUCUUAAAGCUCGUGGUAAAUUGACCAUAACGGGCAAGACAUCCAGCCAGCCUGCAGGCA